UCGAAACAAUAAUAAAACACUGAUUUUUUAAAAGGCGAACAACCAGAAAGAGAUCGAAGGGAGAGAGGUUGUAGUUUGUAGAUGACGAUGGACAGAGAGAAGGAGAGAGAGAUAGAGUUGGAGAGUGCAAUGUAUACGAACUGUUUAUUAUUAGGUCUGGAUCCGAGUAUAAUCGGACUCGGACCUUCAUCAAAUGGCACUCCCCGGGUCGGACUUUUCCGUCACUCCAACCCUAAACUCGGUGAACAGCUUCUUUACUUCAUCCUCUCCUCGCUUCGCGGUCCUGCUCAAUCCGCCAAAGAUUUUGAUAAGGUGUGGCCGAUUUUUGAUUCUGCUCAGUCACGUGAUUUUCGUAAGGUUGUGCAAGGGAUAAUUAGUGAGCUUGAAUCGCAAGGGGCACUUCCAAGGAGUAAUUCGAGGGUUUCUUCCCUUGCUACUUGUUGUGGACCGAGAUUUGUUGAACUCUUGUGGCAACUUUCUUUGCAUGCUUUGAGAGAGGUUCACAGACGGACAUUUGCGGCUGAUGUUGCUUCGAACCCACUUCCUGCUUCAUUAACUGAUGUAGCUUUCCAACAUGCAGCUACAUUGCUUCCUGUGACAAAGGCAAGGAUAGCCCUCGAAAGAAGGAGGUUCCUUAAAAAUGCUGAAACUGCGGUUCAGAGACAAGCUAUGUGGUCAAAUUUGGCUCAUGAGAUGACAGCUGAGUUCCGUGGUCUUUGUGCAGAAGAGGCUUAUUUGCAGCAAGAGUUGGAAAAACUACAUGACUUGCGGAACAAAGUGAAGCUAGAAGGUGAACUGUGGGAUGAUCUUGUGUCGAGUUCUAGCCAGAAUUCGCAUUUAGUUUCGAAGGCAACUCGCUUGUGGGAUUCUAUACUUGCUCGAAAAAGUCAACAUGAAGUUCUUGCUUCAGGGCCAAUUGAGGACCUGAUAGCUCAUCGGGAGCAUAGAUAUCGCAUCUCUAGAUCAUCUUUGCUCUCUGCUAUGGAUCAGAGCUAUCAGGUUUCUUAUUCAGAUAAACAUUCGGAUGACAAGGAACAUAGUGAUGGAUCUUAUGUUAAUGGAAAUGGUGAAAAGUCAAAGAGUAGUAUGGAUUCAUCCCAUGUACAAGUAAAUGAUGAGAUGCAUUCUCGAGUGGAUGAUAGAGGUGGAAGAGUCCAGCCCACUGUUGAUGUAGCAGAAAUUAUAAGGCGUUGGACACAUGCAUUGCAACGUAUUCAUAAACAGUCACUUCUUCUGGCAAAAGCUAAUGAUGGAGAAGGUCCAGAUAUAUUAAGAAGUGCACUCGAUGGUGGUGCUAGUGGCCAUGCUGAAUCUUUAGCUGCAACUCUUGCAGAACAUCAGCAACACCUGAGUAGUUUUCAGGGACUUAUUGACCAACUUAAUGAAGUUGUUCCAUCAAUACAAAAUUCAAUAUCAGAGUGUACAGCGAAAGUAAAUAAUAUUUCUUCCAGCCAGCCACCAAUGGCCAGGCAUCAUGGUCGAGCAACCUCACCUAUACAAGCUCAAAGCAGUGGAAGGACCUUGGAAACUAGCUCUGAUAAUGUUGCGGAGGUGACUUCAAAAAUUUCCACAGUUCAGCUUGACAAGGUAUCUGCUAGCCCCCCUGCUUUGAAGCUACCGCAGUUAUUCAGUUUGACCCCAAAUUCUUCUGGAAAAGGUGCAAACUUGCAAAAGAGACAAAUGUUAGCUCCCCAAACCAUCCAAAUGGAAAAUCUUUCUGAAAGAAACUCUCUGGACCAGCCUUUAUCAAAUGAUCGCUUAGAUAAUCCAUUGCAAGAUGGAGAAAAUUUUGUUCAAAACUUAAAGAGAUCCGUAAGAGAAGCUGCACUAUCUAUGCAAUCUUGCAAUUCAGAAUCAUCUCGUAACAGCCAGUCUGAUGAAAGUUCUGAACACUUCUUUUUACCUCUUUCAUCGCCUGGAUUUUCUAUGGUCCCAGAAAACAAAGUAGUCUCAACAAGAAGUAAAAGAUUUUCUGCGUCUCAAAUGAACACUGCUUUGCUUGAGAAACAUGCUCGAGAUGGCCAUGCUGGAAGCAAGUACAAAGAAUUACCGGAAAUUCUAAAUGACUUGGGUCCACUUACUGACUAUGAUCAUGUAAAUGGCUUCCUCUCAGUUGCUGGUUCAAAUGGUUUAAUAUCUGAUGGUCAGAAGUCCUUCAAUGAUGUUGAGGAACCUUAUGCUCAAGUAUUCUCCCCUCCUUUGCUGUUGGAUACGUCCCUUGUACCAGAUUCAUACGAGGACUUACUUGCUCCACUUUCAGAAACUGAAACCGCCUUGAUGGAGCUUUGAGUCAGAAUUUUCAGCAUUGUUCUUUAUGUAUGUGAUAGAUUUGUAUAACAACGGAUUUGAUUGUGUAUUAGAGCAGGAGCUAGUAAUCAUUAUGCGAUUUUUCUUAUCUCAUUUACAGUUUUUUAUUGGAUAUGUUUUUUUUGAGGAUUCAACUGAGGAGUAUCCAAGGUUGCUGAAGUCCCUCCCAUUUGUGCCUUUCCACGAUAAUUAAGAGGUUUGCAUCCGACAGACUCUGAAUUUCGAGUCUUCAGCUAUAUCAUCCUGUUUGUUGAAAUGCAUGAUAUUCUGUUUUUGGAACUCUUUACUGUUUGAGAUUCAUCUUUGCAAUCAUCUAAUGUAUAUAGAAUACCAGUACUGCUAGGGUGCUUGGAACAUCCCUUAAUGUCCUUGGUACUAAUUAUAUGGCAUUUGUUGUACGGAAAAAAGUAUUUUAAUUUAUGGAAUGUAAAUAUACAAGUGGUCCCUGCAUUAUUCAUGAAGUUUUUGCCAGUGAAGUUGAAGUCUGUC